AUGGCUGAUUGUACUGAAGACAGCGAAGAUGCUACCAGUUCGAUAGGUGAUGAAGAAAGAGUUAAAAGAUUAUUUCAAGCAUGUGAUGGCGAUGGUGAUGGUUUCAUUGACAGUCAAGAUCUUUUAAACGUGUGUAGAGAAUUAAAUCUUGAAGAUUCGAUUGAAGAAUUAAUGAAAGAGUUAGGAGCUGAUGAGCAAGGUAGAAUUUCAUAUCAGGAAUUUUUUAAAAGAAGACUUGCUCUUAGACCUGAAAUUGAAGCUAUAAAAAGUAGUAAACCUCAGCAACCUGAAUAUUUACCCACAUCUAGUGAAAAUAGUUUGGGAGAAGGUAAAAUGUCUUGGGAAUUUGAUUCUGGUGCAAGAGAUCUCAGUCCAGAGCCGCAUUCUUUACAGCAAUUAGUAUCAUCAUCUAGUAGCCAUCCUGGAAGUGGGAAUUUAUUAGAAUUAGCGAAUAAAUUACAUGUAGCUGCAUUAGCAUCCCUUAAAAAUGAAAUAUUAGAUUUAUCGAAUAGAUUACAAUGUGUAACCCAGGAAAGAGAUCAUUUUGAAAAAUCUCUACAUAAGGCAGAAUUAGAAAGGCAUAAAGCUGAACAAAAACUCGAAGAAGAAUUACAGUUACAUGAAGAACAAUUAACAGAGCUGCAUUCCGUCAUAGCUGAACUGACUAGAAAAGUUCAACAUCAAAGAACUUUAGUGAUUAGAGAAGAAGAAGAUAUGUCUGAAACAGAUGAAAAUGAAACUAGUGCAAUAGUCGAAUGUUCUCAAACUCUUUUAAUAGAUGAAGAAGUUAAUGAAAUUGAUCCAACCAUUGGAACAUCAGCAAGUAGUAAUGAAAAUGAAGAGGCUGAAGAAAAAAUAAAUAAACCUUCAGAAGAUUUGGAGGCUUUAAAAGAAGAAUUGGCUCAAGUUAAAGCGGAAAAUGCAAUGUUAAAUGAAAGACUUAAUAGAGCUCUUAAUGAUUUAGAAACGAUUAGUAAACUAAAUAACAAAAAGCAAAUUUGUGAAGUUCCAGAUAGUGUUGAAGUUGUUAGAGUUGCAGUUGUCUCCAGUCCAUCGAGAGUUGUAGAUCGUGCUAGUCCUUCAUUGGUUACCCAAAAAAUAACAAGUCCAAGUAGGAGCAGUCCAAGUCGAAUCGAUCGUAAUUCACCUAUACCGAAAAUAGCAGAAAGAGUGAGAUUAAAAAGAGUCGAUAAUCAAGUGACAGGAUCAGACAUAGCCAAUUUUGGAGUUAGUGUUUGCCAUACGAAAGUGGCUGAGCAUUUAGUUUCGGAUUUGCAAGAGGAAUCAGAUCUUCAAGAGCUUCAUAGAGGAGACAUGUUGUCGAAGAAACAACUAGAAUUAGAAACGGAAAGGUUAAAUUCAAAAUUGGAACACGUUAGAGCACAAAAUGCCGUUUUAGCAUUAACUUUAGAAGAGUGCAAAGCUCAAUGUGAUAAAUUAAGUUUACUCUUAGGAAAAUACGAAUCGAACGCAGUUGCAUUGAAAUUAGCUUUAAAUUAUUCGGAUCAAGCUCUUCACGUCGCGGAAAGUUUAGUUUAUUUAUUAGAAACGAAACAAAAUCAAACGGAACUCGGUUGGGUUUUAUCGAGUUGUUUAGAACCUCAGAAUUCAGUUUUCAACAGCGAACUGGCGGACAAUCCGUUCGUUCGAAAAGCCAUAGAGAACAGGAAAAAAGCGGAAAGACACGCGAAAAGAGUUUUGGAUAAUUUCGAAGAUGGUCGUGAUUCCGGUGGUAAUAAUCAAUCCGAGUGGAAUCCGGAAGACGAAACGAAAUUAAAAGAAAAAUUAAACGCUUUGAAAAGUGAUAGAAAUUUAGUUAAGACGACCGUCGUGGAAUUAGAAAGUCCUCACGUACUGCCAUUUGCAAACGUAUUAAAUUUGGCGGACGUGAGAAAGUUGGAUUUGGAAACGGCCGUUUUAAUGCAGGAAUUGAUGAGCAUGAGAGAAGAUAGAGCAGAAUUGAAAGGAAAAAUUCAUUUUUUGGAAAAGGAAAGAGCGGCACAAGAAUUGAGAAUCGUAGCACAAAAUUCUCACCUUCAAUCUCUUUUACAAUCUAUAAAACAUUUAAAAGAUCAAAUCAAUGAGGACAAAGAAAAUAACACGGAUAAAAAAUCGGGUUUUCAAAAUGGCGACUCGACGAAAUUAAAAGAAAGAAUCGAAGAUCUCGUUAAUAAAUUGGAUCAAAUAGCGAGAAAUUCAGAGCUUCGGUAUCAGGAAAAUGCAGAAUUGGUUUUGGAUUUAAAAGCGGCAAAUUCUGCUUUGGUUUCGACUUUGGAUAGAUGUAAGAAAAAAUAUCAGGGAAGAUUGAAAAAAUUAGAAGCACAAAUGAUGUCGAUGGUUGAACAACACGCUCACCAGGAAGGAAUUUCUGAUAGGAAAACGAUUAGAGGGAAUUUAUUUGAUAAAUAA